AUGGCGAACCAGUUUCUAUUCUAUAUUCAAUGUAUAUUGCUCGUUCUUUCUUACUGGUCUUGCUCGAUCGGGUUGACGUUCUAUAACAACCAUCUUUUCCGGGAAUGGGACAUUCCGCUAGCGACAACGACCAUCCAUUUCAUGGUGAUAUUCGUCCUCUGCGGUUUUUGUCGAAAGGGACGUCAAAUAGUCACGGGCAAGCAGUCCGUCAUCCUUUCAUGGCGUCAAUAUAUGAAAAGCGUUGUGCCGAUUGGAAUCGCGUCUGCUAUGGACAUCGCUCUCUCGAAUUGGUCAAUGGUUUACAUAACCGUUUCUUUAUAUACGAUGAUCAAGUCCACCUCGGUUCUUUUCAUUCUAGCCUUCGCUCUCGGUUUGGGACUGGAGAAGUGGAGGAAUAGUCUAAUAAUCGUCAUUUCCCUCAUUGCCUUGGGUUUGUUUUUAUUCGUGUUCAAAAUGACGGACUUCCAUCUGUUUGGCUUUUGCCUGGCGCUAACCGCGUCCGCGCUCUCCGGAGCAAGGUGGACGCUAUCGCAAGUUCUAACGCAGAAAGCCGAGUUAGGACUCAACAAUCCUAUCGACGCAUUGUUCCACUUACAACCUGUAAUGGCCGUUGCAAUGGCACCCAUCCUCUUCAUUCACGGCGUGCUCCCAUUUCUUACGACUUCAAAACUCUUUGGUGCAAAUUCGUGGCACAUCUGGAUGCCGGAUACAGCGCGUUUAUUAGCUGGCGCAUUUUUAGCUUUCUUUCUUGGUCUCAGCGAGUAUCUUUUAGUGGGCAGAACGUCCGGCCUGACUUUUUCAUUGAGCGGCAUUGUAAAGGAGCUUGCUACGAUGCUUUUUGCACUAAAAGAUGGUGAUCAGUUGGUUUUUAUUAACUGGGUCGGGUUCUGUAUCUGCGUCAUUGGAAUCAAAGAGCCAUCAUAUAAUAUGCACGCGGGAGAUCGCAACAUUUCCUACGCUCAAAUAGCACAUGCAUACUUCAAAUGGCGCGAAAACAAGGCCCUUGUAAUGAAAGCUCCAAGCCCGGCGCAAGUAGAAAUGGAACAAAGCACCGCAUUACUGGAUAGCGACUCGGACUCCGAUGAUGUUAUUUAUGCGACCUAG